AUGGCAGCUCAGGGCGGAGCGUCAGUCCGCAUCCGGAUAAACCUGCUGAGUGGAAAUCACAUGGAUAUCGACGUGGUGCCAGACAUGUCAGUGGAGAGGCUGAGGGUGACAGCGGAGAACGCCUUCGAAAUCGAUGGUUGCCUACCGCAGGGGCACCAGCUCAUCUUUCCACUACUCGUGCGCACGCUUCCUCUCGAUUUGGACCUGACCAGCACCGUCGUGCAGGCUGGGCUGACAGAUGCCGACCUUUCGGCAAUCAUCCAGAAGCCACGGACUUUCUGGAACAGCGGUGAAACAAGGUGGAAUGUGAAGCUCCGGUCAGAUGGCGUACUGGAACUACCAGGCCCUCUCUUCCUGAUGAGGGUGAAGGACGUUCUCCUGAAUUCAUGGUCCUUUGCAGCUCUGAUGGAGGACGGCUCCGUGAAGACCGGCUCUGUGGACACAAUGGUAUUGAACCAAGGAGGUGACAGCAGAGACGUGCAGCACAUUCUCUACAAUGUGAAGAGCCUAGCUGCCAGCGACUGGGCAUUCGCAGCCCUGCGCGACGACGGCAGAGUGGUCUCUUGGGGUGAUUCUGAUCUCGGAGGCGAUUGUGGGCAUGUUCGCGAACAGCUUGUCGAGGUCACGCAACUUGCAGGAUGUUCUGAAGGCUUCGCCGCUUUGACAAGGCAUGGCGUGAUCACCUGGGGAACUCCGGAGAUCGACAUCAGACAUGAUGACCGCAUACGACCGGAGCUCCACAGCAUCAGCGAAGUCAUGGGUCUUCGCAGUGCUGCGGAUUUCGCGGCUUUCCGGACAGAUGGUGUGGUCAUCGCAUGGGGUGUACACGGCGACUUCUUGCUGCCAGGGGUUCGACAGCUGGAGGCCUCCCAGGAAGCCUUUGCAGCUUUGUUGCACGACGGGUCGGUUCAGGUUUGGGGGAACAGUGACUACGGUGGUGACUCGUCAGCAGUUCGACACCUUCAGAACGUUCUUCAGAUUACUGCUUCAUGGGCUGCUUUCGCCGCGCUCAAAGAAAACGGCACGGUGACCUCCUGGGGAUCGCCUCAAGCUGGUGGAGACCAGGGCGAUGUGGUGGAUCGCUUGGUGCAUGUGAAGGGUAUCACCACCAACAGCACCAACUUCGG